GUUUCGCAAUGGUGGAUAAAUUGUGGGCAGAUGAGUGUGAUAACAGUAUAUGUCCGGAGGUGGCCAUUAGACUUUUAAAAAGGUAAUUAAUAUAUAACUUAGACUUCAAAAAAUCAAUUAAAAGUAGUUGAAAAUGUGAUGUCAUCUUCACCCCGAGAGUGGAAGUUUAUAGCCGGAUUGCAAUGAUGGCCAGUGAUUAUCGAACAUCUGUAUGAUAUGAUAACAGUUACUUUGUAUAUGGUUAUUAAAUUAUCAUGUCAGAAUCAUCAUCUCCUGGUUUUUACCAGCUCAGUGUUACAGUUGAAUGUGCUCAUCUUCGAGGAGGUAGUAGUUUUCUGAAACCCAAUCCUUACGUGGAGCUCUCAAUUGAUGACAAGACACCCAGAAAAACUGAGGUAGUGAAGUGCACUUACCAACCCAAAUGGAAUGAAGAAUUCACUGUCUUGGUUACACCUCAUUCACAUCUUCACUUUCGGCUUCUGGAUCACAGUACAUUCCGUAAGGAUGCUAUGGUUGGAGAGAAGCGACUUAGUCUGUAUGAAAUUCUUACACAUUACAAUGGCAGAUGUGAGAACUUGGAACUUACUUUGGAUCUCAUGAGUGAAUCAAAGCAUGAUACUCAGCCAGUGAAAGUGGGAGAGCUUAUUACACUAUUGAAUGGACUCAAGAUUGAAAUGAAUUCAUGUCAGCUAGCACAAGGGACAGCUGAUGGGCAGUUGAGGAUGGGCACUUCUGUCCCUACACCACUAGGACAAGCCAACAGCGACACUGUAUCAAACCGCAGCAUCUUGAAUGGUGGAGUUCGUGCCAGAAUGCGGCUACAAGGGAGUGAGAACACAGCCCCAUCAGUUCCAACACCUUCAUCUCAUCGGAAUGGCACACUCAUGCCAGUUCCAGCCUCCACAGGAUCGCAUUUGGCUGCUGGUAGCUCUUCUGUAACCAGCAAUGGAACAAAUAGUGCCCCUAACUGUGGAAUUGGUACUGGUGGAACUGCCCCCAUAGUUAAUGGCACAGCAACAGCACAGGCCCCUGGGUCAGGUGCCCAAGAUGCAGCCACACAGAGAGGACAGACAUCUGGUGCCGAGGAACCUCUUCCAGCAGGAUGGGAGAUGAGGUAUGAUGUCUAUGGGCGUAGGUAUUAUGUAGAUCAUAAUACACGAAGCACGUCAUGGGAAAGACCACAACCAUUGCCUUCUGGCUGGGAGAUCAGACGAGAUCCCAGAGGGAGGAUCUAUUAUGUGGAUCAUAACACACGCACCACAACAUGGCAGAGACCCAAUUCUGAGAGACUACAGCACUAUCAGCACUGGCAGGGUGAGCGUGCUCAUGUCAUGCAGCAAGGCAACCAACGAUUCCUCUACCCACAGCACUCUGCUUCAACAGCACCUGUACCAGAGCAAGAGGAGGACUCACUGGGUGCUCUGCCAGCAGGCUGGGAGAAACGUGUUCAGCCUGAUGGCCGGGUGUAUUUUGUCAACCACAAGAACAGAACCACUCAGUGGGAGGAUCCCAGAACUCAGGGUCAAGAAUUGGGUGCUGAUGAACCUGCCCUGCCUCCAGGUUGGGAAAUUCGUCUUACUGAGGAUGGAGUGAGAUACUUUGUUGACCACAACACUCGUACCACUACGUUCCAGGAUCCACGUCCUGGUGCCCCUAAAGGGCCAAAGGGUGUAUAUGGUGUACCUAGGGCAUAUGAACGCUCAUUCCGAUGGAAGCUGAGUCAGUUUCGGUACUUGUGCCAAAGCAAUGCACUGCCAAGUCACAUCAAGAUCACAGUAACACGACAAACACUCUUUGAAGACUCAUACCACCAAAUCAUGAGGCUUCCAGCUUAUGAGCUACGAAGACGACUGUACAUCAUAUUCAGAGGGGAAGAGGGAUUGGAUUAUGGCGGAGUAUCCAGGGAGUGGUUCUUUCUGCUGUCUCAUGAAGUGCUCAAUCCAAUGUACUGCCUUUUUGAAUAUGCCAAUAAGAACAAUUACAGUCUGCAGAUCAACCCAGCCUCUUAUGUCAAUCCAGAUCAUUUGUUGUAUUUCAAGUUCAUUGGGAGGUUUAUUGCAAUGGCUCUUUAUCAUGGCCGCUUCAUCUACUCUGGAUUCACUAUGCCCUUCUACAAGAGGAUGCUGAACAAGAAACUAACAAUGAAGGACAUAGAGUCUAUUGAUCCUGAAUUUUACAACUCCUUGGUGUGGAUCAAAGACAAUAACAUUGAUGAAUGCGGCCUUGAACUGUACUUCAGUGUAGAUUUUGAAAUUCUUGGACAAGUGAUUCACCAUGAACUAAAGGAAGGUGGUGACAAGAUCCGAGUGGCUGAGGAGAAUAAGGAAGAAUACAUGAGACUGAUGACAGAGUGGCGGAUGACACGUGGUAUAGAGGAUCAGACCAAAGCAUUUCUUGAUGGCUUUAAUGAAGUUGUUCCUUUGGAAUGGCUGAAGUAUUUUGAUGAGCGUGAACUGGAACUGAUGCUAUGUGGGAUGCAAGAGAUUGAUGUUGACGAUUGGCAACGCAACUCUAUCUAUCGUCAUUACACCCGAAACAGCAAGCAGGUGACGUGGUUCUGGCAGUUUGUUCGGUCAAUGGACAGUGAGAAGCGAGCUCGUCUGCUGCAGUUUGUUACGGGUACUUGCAGAGUUCCGGUUGGGGGAUUUGCGGAACUCAUGGGGAGCAAUGGUCCACAGAGAUUCUGCAUUGAAAAAGUUGGCAAAGACACAUGGCUACCUAGGUCUCACACUUGUUUCAACAGACUGGAUCUCCCUCCAUACAAGAGUUAUGACCAAAUGGUAGAGAAAUUGAACUAUGCCAUCGAAGAGACAGAAGGUUUCGGUCAGGAAUAAAGUGCAGUUCUGUAGUGUGCAGUAAUAAGAAGUGGUUAGAAGACUGGCCAAGUCAUAGGUAAACCAGCAAGAUGUGAAACAUGCUAAAAUGUAAGAGGAGGUUGGUGCUUAAGAUUUGUAGUACAGUCUGAAACAGAUCAGAGCAUUAGUCCCACAGUGUGCUGCAGAUAGCUAGGUCAUAUACACAAAAACUUAUUUCAUACAAUUUGGCUAAGGAUUACUGUACCUGUUAUUUGUGUAUAUAAUGCUCUUAAUGUUAAUGAACUGAUUCUUAAUUGUUAUGAAGCUCAUUGUAUACAGGUACAUUUAGCAUGACACACUUUAUUGGUUUCUUUUUUGUUAUGAAAACAGUGACAAAAUUUUGUUAACUCUUGCUUAAUGCAUGAAAUAAUGGGGCCUAUUUUGGACUUUUUAUGUCAUGAUACAUUCUAUUUCUUUAUACUGCAGUAAAUCUUAUAAUAUCAUUGUUUUAUAUAUAUAUAUAUAUGAAUAUAAAAUAAAUAUUGAAAUUGUGGCUUAUAUAAGGAUAUCAAAGAAUCCCCUCUCUACCAGGGUCUAGAAGAUUUAAGACUAGUGUUUCUACAGUAUUUUGUUUUUUCCAACCUUUGUUUCACAGGGACAAUAUUAAUAUCAUUAUUAUGCUUGAAAUUUUGAAGAAGCGAUUAUGUGGCAUUUAAAUGAAUUUAGGCACGUAUUUUAUAUAAUGUAAUAUAUAUUGUGCCCAAACGAGGUUUGCAGUUUAGCUUCAAAGUUUUCUGAUAGUCAUAUUCGUGGAAGUCAUAUACAGAUAUCACAUUAAGUUAUAAUGCAUUAUGUAUUAUAAUGUAAAUAUCUAUAAUAUUAAUAUCCAAAGAUAAUGUAGAUACUGAAUGAGUAUUUCAAGAGUUUUUUCCUUUUCUGUAUAGCUACAAAUCAGAAUCAAUUUUGUACUGGAGGAGCUGGUUUUCUAACUGAACCAUCCCAUAAUCUGCAGAUUUUAUGUGCUUUUCCGGACUAUUGAUUUUCUUUUUUUAAAGGUUGUCUUGAAAUGUAAUAUAUUUUAACUACAAGUGCAAAAGAAAUGGCAUAUUUUUUAAAAAAAUGCAAAUUAAAAUAUGGUAACAUUAUUUUUAUGAGGGGAAAGGGGUAAAUGUAUGGCACACAAUUGCUUUUCACCACAGCCUGUAGAUUUAUGUUGCUAGGGAUUACAUACAUAAAGGAACUGUCUAGAGGAAACAAAAUUGAAAUAAUACAACUCUGUGACAAAGCUUAGUCAAUUCUACAGCAAGAAAAGGUUUGGGUAAAUCAUAGUUGUACUGUGGAUUUUGUUCAUUUCUGAAAUUUGAUUCCCAAACUGAAAUUUUCUUCCAUGAACAAGUGAUCCAAGCUGAGGUAUUUAUAUGUGUGUAUGUGUGCAUAUGCAUGCAUAUGUACACACACACUAGCAAGCCAUGAUUGAAGUACAACCACAUCUGUCAGUAUGUAAAUAUUGAAAUAUGUAUACAUAUGAUCUAUUUAAAGGGUCUCAAAAAUAAAUUUAUAGUGUACAACUUCAAUGCAAAUAAAACUUCUCAGAGAAUAA